AUGGUGCAUAAGGGUUUCCCUUAUGCACCCUGCAUAAGCUCUUUUCAACCUUCAGAUUGGUUUUACACGUGUAAUAAUCUCAGCUCACACUCUCCUUCACAUCUCAUACUAUCAUUUUCCUCUUCUCACCUCGCCGAUCGCUGCUCGCCGCUUCUCUGCCGCCGUCGCCUCUCAAUCUCUACCGCCGCUCGCCGCUCGCCUAUUCAUUGUUGUUGCAACCCUCCCGCUUGCCGCCGCUCAUCUCAUAAGUGCUUCUCUACCGCCGCUCACCGCUCAUUCUCUGCCGCUCGCCGCUCGCUCAACUCCGAUUAACCUUCAGUGUUUGUUGCUGUUUUCAAUGGAUUUGAUAUCAACUUCAUCUGAGAGUGGACAACUGAGUGUUGAAGCUUCAUCACUGAUUCAUGCUGAGAGUGGACAACUGAGUGUUGAAACUUCUUCAAUGAUUCAUACUGAAUGUUACUCCCCUAGCAAUGAAGAAUCAUGGAAGUCUUUAGUCUUUCAAUCUAUCAAAGAGGUUGAAGAUUUUUAUGGUAAUUAUGCAUAUAACACUGGAUUUUCUAUUAGGACUAUGUUGAAGUCGAAGAAUAAUUCACAAAAUAAGAAAUCAGAAAAGAUACAUUAUUUGCGUUAUGUUUGUAACAAACAAGGUUACAAGAAGGGAAGUUUGCUUAAUCCUAACAACAGGCCAACAUCAGACAGUCCACUGGUUAUUGAGUUUGUGAAAGUGAAAGAAAAACCUGAGGAAAGGGUCGGUUGUAAAGCUGGAAUAUAUUUGAAGCUGGAUGAAGUUUUGAAUGUGUAUAAGAUUUAUAGAUGGGAUGUGGCUCACUGUCAUCCAUUACAUAAACCAGAGCAUUUGUGUUAUCUGAGACCAUUAGAACCAUGUACCAAUAAUAAUUUUUGAUC